CCCCCUGCCUCUCCUGGUUGCCUCCUGCGUGGCUGUGCAGCUCCUCGGAGCUCGGAGUGCCCGGCUUGCCCUUGUGCCGCGGCAUCGUUGGCUGCCUCUCUGCGCUUACAGCUAUCCGGGGAGUGGAGCCGGCGGGAGAGCUUGAUGGCGUCGCCUAGCAGCAGCCUCCGCCGCCACUACCGUCCUCGGGGAACGAAACUGCACUGACUUUCAGAUAUAUAAGAAGUCACCGUGUCCCACAGCAGCUGGAAAAAAUUAUAAAUUCAAUAUGGCACAGAUUUUAGAUUGGAAGAAGCUUAUGAAAGUGGAUCCAGAUGCUCUGCCUCGUCAAGAGGAACUAGCAGACAGAUUGCUGGAGACUGUGUUAAAGGUUGAUGAGAAAGAUCUAAAAACUGAAACCCUGGGAAAACUGAUACACCUUUUUAAAAUUACUCAGUCAUUAUUGAAGAUGAAAACUCAAGAGGUAGAGCUGGCACUAGAAGAAGUUGAAAAAGCUGGGGAAGAGCAAGCCAAAUGUGAAAAUCAACUUAAAACAAAGGUGAUGAAACUUCAAAAUGAAUUACAGAUGGCACAAAAAUCUGCUGGUGGUCGUGAUACUCGUUUUUUGCGUGAUGAGAUCUGCCAACUGGAAAAACAAUUAGAACAAAAAGAGAGACAGUUAAUAGAUAUAGAAAAAGACCUGGAAAAAGAGAAGAAAGUGAAUGAACAGCUUGCUCUUCAAAAUGAAGAUGCUGAAAAAGAAAACAUCAAAUUAAGGAGAGAGAAUGAAGAGCUGUGUCAGGAUAUAGUUGAGUAUCAGAGGCAAAUAGAUUCUCAGAAAGAAGCAAUUCUAUUACGAAGAGGAGAGGAUUCUGAUUACAGAUCACAGUUGUCCAAAAAGAACUUUGAGCUUGUCCAGUAUUUGGAUGAAAUUCAGAAUUUGACUGAAGCUAAUGAGAAGUUAGACAUUCAAAACCAAGAAAUGAGGAAGAAUCUUGAGGAAUCAGUACAAGAAAUGGAAAAGAUGACUGAUGAAUAUAACAAAAUGAAACUAAUUGUGCAACAAUCUGAUACUGUUAUGGAUCAUUUAAGAAAAGAGAAAGAACAGUACAAAUUUCAAGUUCAGGAGCUUUCAGACCAGCUGAAAGCAAAGAAUGAAGAAGACUAUCCACUUAUGGCAGCUGUAAAUGCAAAAGUUGAAGAAUGGAAGAAUAUCUUAGCUUCAAAAGAUGAUGAACUCCUAGAGUAUCAGCAAAUGUUAUUUAAGUUGAAAGAGAAAUUGAAAAUGGCCCAACUUGAUGUAGACAGAAACAGUAUAAUGGCCCUUCAACAGGGUGUGCAAGAGAGGGAUGUGCAGAUACUAUUGCUUACUGAGCAAGUUGAACAGUAUACCAAAGAAAUGGAACAAAAUACACUGCUAAUUGAGGAAUUAAGAAAUGAUCUCCAAAAAGAUAAAGGGCACUCAUCUCUUGCUCAGCAGAAACGCAUUGGGGAAAUGCAAGAAAAGCUGAAAAUGCUAGAGGAGAGAACUAAGGAGGCUGAGAAAGCAGCAGAAUUAGCAGAAGCAGAUGUUAGAGAAAAGGACAAAGAACUUGUUGAAACUCUGAAACGAAUGAGAGACUAUGAACUGGGAAUAUAUGGUUUGGAAGAGGCUGUUGCUGAAAUAAAUGAUUUAAAAAAGCAAAUCAGAAUAAGAGAUCAUGAGAUCGAAACAUUAAUUAAGGAAGGCAAUAAACUUGAACUUAAAAUAAAUGAUUUUCUUGAUGAAAAUGAAGAACUCAGAGAGCGCUUAGGUCUUGAGCCAAAGACAAUGAUUGAUUUAAGUGAAUUCAGAAACAGCAAAGCACUGAAGCAGCAGCAAUAUAGAGCUGAAAACCACAUUCUUUUGCAAGAGAUUGAAAGACUAGAAGAAGAAAGAAUUGAACUGAAAAAACAGAUUCGUAAGUUGGCUCAGGAGAAAGGAAGAAGAAUUGCAACAACAGGAUUGGAUGCUGGUAAUGUGCAGAUAACAGAUAGCUUUACUGAAGAGAAGGGAAUGAAUAAGAGGAAGUUGGAUCUCUUGAACAGACAGGAUAUUACUGAAGCAAAAGCAAAGAAUGAGUAUCUUGCAAAUGAAUUAAGUAUGAGAGAGCGAGAUUUGGAGAGGAACAGGACCAAAAUAGCCAAAUUUCAAUGUAAAUUAAAAGAAUUAUCAGAAGAGAAUAAACAACUUGAACAAGGAAUGAAAGAAAUAUUGCAAGCUGUCAAGGAAAUGCAGAAGGAUUCUAAUGUGAAGGGAGGAGAAACAGCCUUAAUAAUCCCUAGUCUGGAUCGUUUAGUUAACGCAAUGGAGUCAAAGAAUUCAGAAGGAAUCUUUGAUAUUAGUGUGCACUUGAAAGCUCAGGUUGAUCAGCUUUCAGGACGAAAUGAAGAAUUAAGACGGGAACUGAGACAGACUCACAAAGAGGCAAUAAAUUUCUCUAAUCAGCUGGCAAAUGCAAAUGAAAAGAUUGCACAAUUGAAAAAUGAAAUUUCCUUAUUACAGCAGUCAGAAGGUGCCAAUAUUGUCUUCCAAACAGUGAAUCUUCCAGAAGGAAUGGUUCCUUCAAGUGUUAAUAUGAUUAACUCUCUGAAUGAAUAUUUAAUACAUCUUGUACAGGAACUGGAAAAUAAAGAACAGUUACUUAAACAAUUAGAAGACGCAGUAGAAGACUACAAGCGAAAAUUUGCAGUAAUUCGUCAUCAACAAGGCUUGCUGUAUAAAGAAUAUCAAAGUCAAAAGGAAAGCUGGCAGAAAGAGUCUGAAGAUAUGAAAGAGAAAAUGAAAAAGCUAGAAGAGCAAAAAGAACAGGAUGCUACAAAAAUAAAGGCAUAUUCUAAUCUACUCAGUGCACUUCAGCUGGAUCCUGAUGAAACAAAGAAAGUACUUGCAGAGAACAGUAGAAAAAUAACUGUUUUACGAGUUAAUGAGAGGUCAUUAACAAGGCAGUAUACCACUUUACUUGAAACAGAACGGCAUCUUAGAAAAGAAAAUGAGAAACUAAAGGGUGAAAUAACACAUAUAGAGACUGCAGUUACAGAGAAGAUUGGAAACUUGCAACGAUUCAAGGAAAUGGCUAGCUUUAAGAUUGCAGCUCUGCAAAAAGUGUUGGAUGGUAGUGUGCCAUUGUCUGAGCUAGAGCUGGCUAAUAAGCAGUAUAAUGCAUUAACUGCUAAAUACAGAGAUAUGUUACAAAAAGAUAAUGUGCUCGUCCAGCAGACAAUGAACAUGGAACAUGUGGAGUGUGAGAAUAUAUCCUUGAAAGCACAGAUAAAUUUAUUGAAUAAGGAAUUGGAGAUCACGAAAGAGAAACUUCACACUGUAGAACAGGCUUGGGAACAGAUGACUAAACUGGGGGAUGACAAUACCAUGGAUAAGGCCACAAAGGCAGUAACCAACAGUGAGAUUUUGUCCAUUUCUAAGAAAAUCACCAUGUUGGAAAUGAAGGAACUAAAUGAAAGACAGAGAGCAGAACAUUCACAACGAAUGUAUGAACAGUUAAGGAAUACUGUAAAGCAAAUAGAAGAACGUAAUUUUGAAUUAGAAACAAAAUUUGCUGAGCUUACCAAAAUCAACCUGGAGGCACAGAAAGUGGAACAGGAAUUAAGAGAUGAAUUGUCAAAGAGUGUAAGUAAGGCAGUAAGUGAUGCAGAUAGACGACAAAUCAUGGACCUAGAAAAGCGUGAGAUGGAACUCAAGACUGAGGUAUCAAAGUUAAGAGAACUGUCUGAUGUGGCAACAAUGCAAGUUGAAGCUCUGGAGGCACGCCAGCAAUACAGAGAUAAAGAAGUGGAAUGCCUUAGGAUGCAAAUUUUAGAUUAUCAGGCACAGUCAGAUGAAAAAACAGUUAUCGCAAAACUACAUCAACAGAUCAUAUACCUUCAAAAUAAUGAAUCUGAUGCUGUAGGCAAAUUGGAGACGCUUAAAUUGAAAUUACAGAAGAUGGAGAUCCAUAAUGUACGUUUAGAGCAGAAGCUUGAUGAGAGGGAGCAAGCCUUAUAUUUUGCUCGACUGGAAGGAAGAAAUAGAACCAAACAUCUACAACAGACAGUUCAGUCUUUGCGUCGACAGUUUAGUGGUGCUCUGCCUUUAGCACAGCAAGAAAAAUUCUCUAAAACGAUGAUUCAGCUACAGAAUGACAAACUGAAGAUCCUGGAGGAAGUUCAGCACGCUCAGGAGGAGCGUCGAAAUGCAGAAAACAGAGCAUUAGAGAUGGAGUUAAAACUGAAAAGUUUAGAAGAAUUAAUAAGUGCCUUGAAGGACACAAGAGGAGCUCAAAAGGUAAUUGAAUGGCAUAUGAAAAUGGAGGAACUCCAUCUGCAGGAACUUAAACUCAAUCGAGAGUUAAUCAGGCAAAAGGAAGAGGUUAAGCAUUUGCAGAAUAUAAUUUCUGAAUAUGAACGUACAAUCAAUAACCUGGAAGAAGAAAUUGUACAGCAAAACAAGUUUCAUGAAGAAAGGCAAAUGGCUUGGGACCAGAGGGAAGUAGAACUCCAGCGCCAAUUAGACCUGUAUGAUCAUCAACAAAAUGAGGCAUGUAAUACAGCUUUAAAGUUAGAAGAGGCUACUGGGUCAGUUCCAGACUCUAGUUUACCCCUUCCACAGCAGCUUGAGUUGGCUUUGAGAAAAAUACAGGAGCAUAUUCGAACAAUCUUGGAAACCAGGGCAACCUGCAAAUCACUGGAGGAGAAAUUAAAAGAAAAGGAAACUGCUCUGUGGAAAGCUGAACAAAAUGUUUUAUCAAGAGACAAAGUUAUAAAUGAACUAAGACUUCGAUUAUCUGCACCAUCAGAAAGAGAGAAAACAGUGGCUGAGUCGGGCAAACAAGAUGAUCCAGAGUACCGUCAUGCCAUAAAAAUUGCUCAUCAAACCAUUGCAAAUAUGCAAGCAAGAUUAAAUCAAAAGGAGGAAGUGUUAAAAAAAUACCAACAUUGGCUUGCUAAAGCAAGAGAGGAACAAGAAGAAAUAGCAAAGAAGCAUGAGGAAGAUCUUGGAGUUCUACACCAGAAGUUAAAUUUGUAUGCUGACAAUUCCCUUAAUAAAUUCAAACAGACUGCUUUGGAUUUAGCAAAAAAGACUUCAUCACUUUCCAACAACAAUCAUUUUCUCCACUUGGCUGAAAUGGAGCAAGCUGUAGCAGAAAAGGAUAAUUUUAUUGCUUUGCUUGUUGGAAAAUUAAAGAAAACAUCAUUUGAUUUGGAGAAACAAAAACAAAUUACUUCAAUGAAUAUCAAAGAGUUUGAGAUUAUGAGAGCCCAGCUUCGUGAAAAACACGCAGCUGAUGUGGAACAACUAAAAGAUGAGGCAAAUGUCUUGAGGAACACGGUAUCUCAGAUGGAGAAGGAAUUUGCAAAUGUAAAAGCUGAACUAGAGGUCCAAAAAGAAGCAAAUAAUAGAGCACCCACAGCAACACUGAAAAAUCUGGUGGAGCAGCUGAAGAGCCAGUUAGCCAUAAAAGAGAAGCAGCAAAAAGCUUUGAGUAAAGCAAUUCUGGAACUCAGAGCAGAAAUGACUGCUAAUGCUGAACAGCAGAUUAUUUCUGCUGCAUCACAAAAAGAGGCAUAUAUGAAUGUCCAGGAGAUUGUUGACAGACAAACAAAGGGGUUUACGACACAGAUAGAAGAAUUAAAUAAUCAGAUUACAAAACUUACAGAUAACCUUAAAACAAGUAAAACCAGGGAAACUUCCUUGUCUGAUGAAAGAGAUGAAUUGAACCAAGAACUUCAGAGGAAAGAAAAAGCAUUUGCUAAAAUGUUGAAAGAAAAAAAUGAAUUGGAAGAAGAAAAUGAAGAACUUAAGAAACGGGUUAAGAGGCUAAGCAGUAACAUUCAGAGCAAAGCUGAUGAGCAAAACCUGAUAGAUGAACUUCAGAAAAAAAUUAAGAAGUUGGAAAAUGAACUUGAGAAGGAGUGUGAAGAAACAGACAAAAAAGGUGUAAGAGAAGACAAGACCUCCAAGGAGGAAAUACUUAAAUGGGAAGAAAAUAAAAAAUGGCAAAUCAGAACGGAAGGAUUGCGGAACAAGCUAAGGGAAAAGGAAAAAGAAGCAGAUGCUUUAGGCAAACAGUUGAAUACAUUGAAGGAAAUUUAUACCAAGACGGAAAAAGAGAAAAUUACUUUACAGAAGAAACUGAAAACUACUGGUGUCACUGUUGACCGUGUUGUUGGAGUAAGAGCCUUAGAGACUGAAAAGGGACUGGAAGAACUAAGAAAACGGAAUCUAGAUUUAGAAAAUGAAGUUGCUCACAUGAGAACACAGCAAGCUAUCCCACGAGAUUCUGUUGUAGAAGAACUACAUUUCAAAAAUCAAUACCUCCAGGAAAAGCUUCAUGCUUUGCAGAAACAAUAUUCAAGACAGGCGUAUUCUAGACCAUCAACACCAGGAAUGGGAUCAGACGAUCAAUACCACAGAGAACAAGAAGUUUUAAAGGAAAAUUUAAGACUGUCGUCUGAAAACAUUGAGCUAAGGUUCCAGCUCGAGCAGGCCAAUAAAGAUUUGCCAAGACUAAAGGUAACAUCUUUUUACCUUUAGUCCCCUUUAAAUGUGAUCAAGAAAGAGAAAGCAGGUUUGGGCAGCAUUAGAGGCGCUGGUAGAAGUGGAAAGACAGUUGCAGAAUUGGAAAAAACAAUUGGUUUGAUGAAAAAGGUUGUAGAGAGAGUCCAAAGAGAAAAUGAGGAUCUGAAAAAAACUCCAGCUGUGGUUUCUAAUGAGAAAUUACUUGGUCUUGAACAGGAAAAUGAGAAGCUAAAGUCUGAAAUGGAAAAGAUGAAACUUCAGGUGGGGGACCAGCUGAGUAAGCGUCAUGACUCUAAAACCAAAGGAAUGGAAAAAGUCAUUACUGAAAACGAGAGGCUGCGUAAAGAACUGAAAAAGGAAGCCGACAAUGGAGAGAAGCUACGAAUAGCAAAGAAUAACUUGGAGGUAUUAAAUGAGAAGUUAACAGGGCAGCUGGAGGAAACCAUUAAGAGGCUAAAUUUGGCUGAGAGCCAAAUUGAUGGAGCUGACAGCAAAACCUGGAAGCCCAUUGUAACAAGGAUGCACGAAACGAAGAUAAAGGAAAUGGAAAUGCAUAUUGCUAAAAAAACCCAAAGCAUUACUGACCUUAAACGGCUGCUGCAGGAAGCAACAGAACGUGAACAGAAUGCUGAUAAAAACUUACAAGAUCUAAAAGAACAAAUUGAGCUUCUCAAACAGUUUCCUGAAGGUACAAGGACAGAGCAAAGCCUUUUCAGGGAGCUUCAGCUUUUAAGAUUAACUAAUAACCGAUUAGAGAAAGACAAAGCAGAACUAGCUCAGCAGGUGGAAGAUUAUAAGCACCACAUGCACACAUGCACAAGUGAAGUUUCUGCAGCUGGACAGAAUGAAAUUUUACAGAAGGAUAAAAGUGACAGGUUAAUGGAAGCAGCUGACCUCCAGACACAGUUGAAAGCCUCUGAGCUGGAGAAACAGCAAUUAAGGGAAGAAACAAAAACGCUGAGAAGAGAACUAGAAAACUAUGGCCCUUCCUUUUUUGAAGAAAUUGAAGAUCUGAAAUAUAACUACAAUGAAGAAGUUAAAAAAAAUAUUAUCUUAGAAGAGAAACUAAAGCAGCUUUCUGAAGAGUUUGGCAUUCAAGGGGAUAGUCCAGGCAAUGUUUCUGUUGAUUAGGCUAGUGUUUAGUGUCCUCAGUAUUAAUACAGUAAAUAAAUUCUGGGGCAAUUUCAUCAUAUUUAUUUUAUCUGUUUUUUAUCUUGGAAUAAUACAAGUCUAUUAAAGUUGCAACAGUUUGGCACAUAGAGCACAGAAUUGGAUUAGUCAACAGAUUAUGGUCAGUAUUUAUAUACACCAGUCAAAAAUGAGUUUUACUUCUCCCAGCCCCUUUGCAAUACUGUAUGUUAAUUCAGAACAGUAAUUUGAGUUAUACACAGGUGUUAAGUGAAGUUGAAACCUUGGACUUACCCUGUUAGUCAAGAAAACUCUUAAAAUGUACCAAGUCUGCCAAGUUCCAGAUCAGUAAAAACGUGCAAUUCAUUCUGCUGUCUCGCGCUAUCAUCCUUAACUGUGGACUCAGGGUCAGUGUGCUGACUACCUGUGCUUACAUCCCUGACUGUUUUUACCUCAAAUUUUAGAAAAUCCAAGAACAAAGAAUUGAAAAUAAAGUUAUAGUAGUAUUUCAACCAA